GUGCAUGUUGCCUUGUGAGAGUCAGUUAUUUGGAACUAACAAGUCACACCCACUAAACUGGAUGUAUAUAAAGAGAUAGAUAGUGGUGAGUCCCAUCAACGAAACUCCUCAAUCUCUUCAGCAGAGGAUUCUUCAACUUUCCAGGGUGAAAAUGGUGAAUUACGAAGUAACAGUUUACACCACCAACUGCACCUUUGCCGCCACCUUCAACAAUGUCAACAUUAAGCUGGUGGGCACAGAAGGGAAGAGCAAUCGCAGCUGGCUUUUUAGCAUCAUAGGGUCUCUGGCCCUCUUCAAAGGAGACGUUGCACAUUUCACUGUCAGCUGCCCCAAAUCCCUUGGAACAUUGUUCCUGAUAGAGCUAGACAAGCAGGAUUUCCUAUUGUUCCAAGACUCUUGGUACCCCUCUAAAGUGGAGGUGAGAUCCCCUGAAGGAGACACAUACUGCUUUCCUGUCCACCGCUGGAUCACUGACCGUGAGGUGCACCGCUUCAGAGAGGGAAAAGCUGUGAAAGCCUUUGAAGAAACCAACACUCUUGCCACGUACGCCAGGGAGCAGGAGCUCAUUGGUCGAAAGAAAGACUACUGCUGGGAUGAGUCGAAAAAAGGACUACCUCACUGCAUUAAGGGGGAAAUUCCUCUUUCUCUGCCUCCUGAGGUUACGUUCUCCUACACCAAGCAUACUGAGUUUUUUUGGACUGCAGCAAUUGGGCAGGCUGAGCAGCACCUGAAAGGACUGGAAAAACGCAACGAGUCAUGGACUGACAUCGAUGCGCUUGAUCGGGUGUUCACCUACAGGACGACUGACAUGUCAGAAUAUGUCCAGGAACUAUGGCAGGAGGAUGAAUUCUUUGCCUACCAGUAUCUAAAUGGUGUCAACCCCAUAAUGAUCAGAUGCUGCAAAGUACUGCCAAAAAACUUUCCAGUCACUAAUGACAUGGUCUUCCUCCAUGGUCAUGGUAGCUUGACGGAAGAAAUGAAGAGAGGCAACAUAUUCCUUUGUGACUACAAGCGUUUGGAUGGAGUGACUGCAAACACCAUCAAUGGGAAGAAGCAGUACUUGAUGGCCCCCCUCGUCCUGUUCCACAAAAGACAGGGCAAGUUGAUGCCAAUUGCUAUUCAGCUGAAGCAAACCCCCGCGGAUGACAAUCCAAUCUUUCUUCCCACUGACUCUGCGUAUGACUGGAUGAUGGCCAAGAUGUUUGUGAGAAGUGCAGAUUUCCAAGAACAUCAACUCAAUGUUCACCUGCUGCGCACUCACCUGCUGGCUGAAGUUUUCGCAGUGUCACUUCUGCGCAAUGUGCCCAUGGUGCAUCCACUGUACAAGCUCCUUGUACCUCACACUCGCUACACUCUGCAAAUCAACAUCAUGGCUCGACUUGCUCUAAUUUCUGAGAAAGGAGUAUUCACAGAGUUUGCAGCCUCUGGGGGAGAGGCCAUGUUCACAAUCAUGGAGAGAUCACUGUCCUCAAUGACCUACAAGUCCCUCUGUAUACCAGACGACGUUGAUGAGCGUGGGGUUAGGGACAUACCAAACUACUACUACAAGGAGGAUGGACUCAAGCUUUGGGAUAUCAUCUUCAAGUUUGUGGAGGGAGUACUCAGCUACUACUACAAGACUGACGACGUGGUUGUGAAGGACUCUGAGCUGCAGGACUGGAUUCGGGACAUUUUUGAACAUGGAUUCCUUUCUCAAGAACAAACAGGAAUUCCACAGAAACUUUCCACCGUGGAUGAGCUGAUCAAGUUUGUCACCAUGGUGAUCUUCACCUGCUCAUGCCAGCACUCAGCUGUGAACAGUGGACAGUAUGACUAUGGUGCCUGGAUGCCCAACACUCCCAUCUCCCUGCAGCGUCCUCCGCCAACAACAAAGGGACCAAAAGAAAACAUUAUGAUGCAGACUUUGCCUGACAUCAGCACCACAGUUAAGGGCAUGUCCACCAUGUGGCUGCUCAGCAAGGAGUCUUCUGACUUUGUCCCGCUUGGCCAGUACCCGGAGCAAUAUUUCACUGAGGGUUUUCCCCGCAAACAGAUAAAGCGCUUCCAGCGAAAACUUCACCAGUUGAGUGUUGACAUCAAAAUCAGAAACGAACCUCUGAAUCUGCCGUACACGUACUUGGAUCCAGCCAGCUUUGAAAAUAGUGUUGCCAUUUGAACACUAAAAUGAGCGACCUCCUCAGCUGUUGGCCUAUUUCAAUGUCACAUUAAUGAAAAGGGAAAGAACUUCUAUAUUCUGUAUUUUUCAAUCUUACUAUAUGCUGCUCUGUGACUUAUAUACAACUCUUCAAUCAAACUACAAACUCUGGUGAAAAAUUACUGUUUUAAAUCUUUUUCCUCAUCCUAAAUAUAAUUGAUAUAGAAAAGGGAUAUACAGCAAUUUAUCAAAGAAAUAAACAUUAACAUAUUAUAAUAAUAAUAAUAACAUACAAUAUAAAAUCUAAGAUGUGAAGCUGUUUUAUUGUUUUCUGACUCGACAUAAAAACUUAUAAAUUUGAUAACAAUCUAGAACGUGUAUUACAGCGUCUGUGUUGAGGUUUGCAUGUGAGCCAGUCAUCUAAAGAGCUUCAUUGCUGAAUUAAUCAAGUCACUUUUGUGAGAAACAAUGUAAAUGGGAAAUAAUGAAAGUUGAUUUACUGUUGUUUUCUUUCCUUUUUGAAGUGUUACUGAAAAAAGGAAACAACUUUCUUUCAAGCUUUUUUUCAAUGUGUUUUAGGGAUAAAAACAAUCA